UCGCUACCAAACACUCACCGCAAACGGACAUUGUAUAUCCGUGAUCAUAGUACAAUCCAAUUGCGGAAGUACUGUGAACGUUGACUACCGACACAACUAGUGGGCGUUGAAAUCUACACCAUUUACAAGGUUUUCUGAACUGACCCAAGAUGUGGAGGUCUCAAGUGGGAAGCAGCAACAAACCACCAGUUACACAGGAUGAGGACGAUGACUGGGAAACGGAUCCAGAUUUUGUUAAUGAUGUGAGUGAGCAGGAGCAGAGAUGGGGGUCCAAGUCAGUAGAAGGAUCAGGAAGGCAAGAGCAAUUCAAUAUCCAUGAGUUGAGAGAGAAUGUGAAGCAAGGCGACGCCGACCAGAAGGAGAAAGAACUUGCUGCUGCUCCCAAGGCCUCGUAUGGCUACGGAGGAAAGUUUGGUGUUCAACAGGACAGGAUGGACAAGUCUGCCGUGGGGCAUGACCAUCAGGAAUCACUUAACAAGCACGCAUCUCAGGCAGACUACGCCAAGGGGUUCGGAGGCAAGCACGGCGUGCAGUCUGACCGCCAAGACGCUUCUGCUGUCGGAUUUGAUUACGAGGGGAAGACGGAUAAACAUGCUUCACAAAAAGAUUAUUCCUCAGGUUUUGGAGGGAAGUUUGGAGUGCAGAAGCAGAGCAUGGAUAAGAGUGCUGUUGGAUGGGACUACCAAGCAGGUUUAUCACAACACAACUCACAGAAAGAUUAUUCUACCGGUUUCGGUGGCAAGCACGGCGUGCAGACUGACCGCCAAGACGCUUCGGCUGUUGGAUUCGACUAUGAAGGAAAGACAGAGAAACACGCCUCGCAGAAAGAUUAUUCCAGCGGGUUCGGCGGGAAAUACGGCGUGCAGAAAGACAGCCAGGAUUCAUCAGCUGUCGGGUUUGACUACGAAGGCAAGACGGAGAAGCACGCGUCACAGACAGACUCGAGCAAGGGAUUUGGCGGGAAAUACGGCGUUCAGAAGGAUAGCCAGGAUUCAUCAGCUGUUGGGUUUGACUACGAAGGCAAGACGGAAAAGCAUGCAUCACAGACGGACUCGAGUAAGGGAUUUGGAGGAAAGUUUGGUGUUGAUAAGAAUGCGCAGGACGCAACGGCGGGAGGCUUUGGUGACAUGCAGGGUGUUUCAUCAUCCUAUCAGAGGACACGACCUCAACCACCAGCUAAAAGUGGCGCUGGAAACAUGAGGAAUAAGUUUGAACAGAUGGCGCAAGCAGGAGAAGAGGAGAGCAGAAGAAAAGCAGAGGAAGAGAGAGGGAGAAGACAAGCAAGGGAACAGAAGGAAAAAGAAGCGGACAAGAAAAAGGAGGAGGAGAGGCAGAGAGCCUUAGCAGAGCAUCACCGAGCCCUUCCAGAUGAGCCGGAGCCGGAGCAAGAGCCAGAACGGGAACCUGCGCCAGAGCCACAGCGAGCCCGCCUGCCUGAGCCCGCCGCAGCACCACGUCGCGAACCUCCACCGGCAGCAGCCGAUGACGAAUGGGAGACACAAGCAGACCAAGAAGAACCCCCAGCACUCCCCCCUCCUCGACAGAGCAAGCAGCUUCCGUCGUUACCAGGGCGACAGGCUCAGCCCCUCCCCUCGACGCCGGACGAACCGAACCUGUACGAGGAUACAGGAGACGUGGGAACGAAUUUCGACGAGCCGGAGGAUACGUAUGCGGAUGCAGACGCAACAGCAACUUACGAUCAGCCUCCCGAUGACAUGGGUCAACAGACUUACGAAGAAGUUGAUCGUGCUCCAGUGGCCGAUGAUUCCACCUACGAGGACUUGCCACCCCAGAAUGAACCUGUUGAGGACGACACCUAUGAAGCAGUACCUGAGGGUCAGGAUGGUCUCCGGGCUAAGGCCCUCUAUGAUUACCAAGCUACUGCUGAAGAUGAAUUGACCUUUGACCCAAAUGAAAUAAUCACACACGUAGAAACGAUUGACGAUGGUUGGUGGAAGGGGGUCUGUAGGGGUAAGGUCGGCCUCUUCCCAGCAAACUACGUGGAAAUGUUGUAGAUUAGAUGAACACCAGGGGGUGUUUCACAAAGACUAAGAUCGACUUUAAGUUGGACGUAACUAUGGCAGGCCGUUCAAUGCCACUGUUUUCUCUCACCAUUUACUGGCAUUUGUCUCUUUAAGGGACGUACACAUCAUGGUCAGAAAUCUACAGGAUUAACAUUUUUUGAUAGUGAUCAUUAUUGAAGGAAAAAAUAUUAUCUAAAGAUCGUAAUGGUGAUAGCAACCAGUGGCAUGGAUUGCUUGCCAUAGUUAAGUCCAACUUAAAGUCGAUCUUAGUCUUUGUGAAACACUCCCCAGAGCUACCACAAACGGAACAGCCCUGUCCUCGGCAAAAAAAUCAUUCUGCAUUUUAAUAGCCAGGAUCAUAUUGGUAAUGAAAAUGAUAGUCGAUUCUUCUUUUAUAGAGCACAUCUUAUCAUGGUAUGACGUCUGUAUGUGCUUCCAAAUAAGGUUGACAUUUUGUACCGUGGAUUUACGUUGCACGAAACGAGAAAGUCUUCUUUUAUAUUCACAAAUGCAUCAUUCCACACAGUUUAGAAGGUAGCAAGUGCUGUUAGGACAAAAGUUAUUUUAGAGACACACAAAGAUUACGGUGGCUUUAAUAGCCCUUUAUAUACCCUUAUUAGCAAAUUGCGUGUGGGCAGGGUCCUAGUUUGACAAAAAUUAUUUUGAAAUUUAUUGCAAGUGCAUUGAAUUUCCUUAGUACCAUCCAUCCAGAUAGAAUCCUAUGAGAAAAGUGCAUUGAACUUUCUUAGCCAUGAAUAUACGUAGUCAGCCGUACAUACAUUUAUAUGCUUUGAGAAAAGUUUCAUAUUAAAGUUAAAAUGUUUCUGUGUUUCAAAUCAUGUUUUUAAAUAUAUAAUUGAUUUUCUAGCUUUUCCAUGUGAAAUAGAGCCAUGAUCUUUCAUACCUACAUGUAUACCUGUUCAAGGUUUGCCUUGUUUUUCAGUCAUGGAGCUGCAUAGCUAAUUCAGGAAUAAAUGUCUUUAACUCUUUAUAUGCCAUUCAAAUAAUCUCACUGAGUCACUGUGCCAUUGUGUUUUAUAAUGGGACGUAUACACCAUGAGAUCGUUUACCUGUUACUAGUGCAAGAUCAAUCUAUACCGGUGUUAACCCGUUUACUACUGAAUGAUCUAAUUCCCAUAGGCUUAACACAGAGAACACCAGGUUCCAGUAAGCAAAGGGUUAAAAGGGUUGUCAUGGAGCUAACCAAGACCAGGGUCCUGUUGCACAAAACCUACCAUUGAUGGUAACUUUGCCAUCAAUGGUGACUACUAUGGAAACCUUGGUUUUGAUUGGCUGUUGAGCCCUGUUACCAUGGUAGUUGUCAUUGAUGGCAAAGUUACCAUCAAUGGUAGUUUUAUGUAACGUGCCCAGAUAUGUGUCAUUUUGCCAAGCCAUUGUGUUGCACAAAGCAAUUUUUCUGUUGAUUGGUGCAUAUUGUUUUGUGCAAAAUUGCACAUGUGGCAAACAAGGGACCAUACAGACCGACGAACAAAGCAACCAAAGUUUUAAUACUAAAAAAAUAAUGUUUGACUUGUCUAGAAAGAAGGCAUUUACUGUUUUACUAACUUUUGUCAAGUUACAGUGGAAAUUAGACAGGUUUCCUCGGAAAGGGACAUAACAGAGUAGUAGCUGAGAUGAAUGGUCUCUGGACCAAAGUUAUUCAUGAGGAAGAAUAUUUUAAAGAACAGUUAUUUGAUUGAGUUUUUCUAAAUGCCUUUAUGAGGACAUUAUGUGACAUAUAUUUCUGUAUGACGAUGUUAUUAAACAAAGAUGUAUUACAUGCCUAGUUCACAACCGAUAAGCCAGUCUGUAGAUGAGGGCCAGUUUGAAGAUGAGGGUCGUGUGUACCAAAGUUGUAAAAAUGAAUACUGGAUACGUGUUCAUGAAGGUUACAUAAUAACUAUUCUAUGGGACACAGGUGGAAGUAUUCUUCCAAACAUAAUCCAUGAAUCACAGCCAUGACUUUGGAGGUGAUUAUUCUAAAAUUCACAAAGUGGAACUACUCCAUGGGCAAAAGAUCUGUGGAUAUUUGGGGUAAUUUGUACCAUGUGCUACUAGGAACUGGUAUAUUGCAUUAUAUGUUACAGUGUGUACAAAUCAAAUAUGCCUAUACCCGAUAAUUGUGUUAUAUAUUAGGCUUGUUUUGUUAUAUGUCCUAUUAUAUCGGUUUGACCUAUAAAUAGCCAGGAAACAAACUUCAUGUAGUGUCAGUAAUUCAAAGGAAAGAGAUAUGCCAAAGAUGAUUUCUCAUAUUCCAAAGCAGCACCAAACAACCUAUGGUAUUAUGAAAUUUCAAGGAUAGCGACGUUAUACCAGGUAGUGUUUCCUGUAUAUCUACCAGUAUUUGUAUUUUUAGUAUUAUUUAGAUUUAGAUAAUGCUUUUCUAGUUAAUGUACUACCCCCACGAAAUAUAUAAUCUGAAUUCCAGUACGAUAUGAACACAUGUAUUAAAUACUGAUCUUUCAAAUGAUAAUAUAUAAAUGACUGUGUAAUCAUGUGAUAUAUGUAAAAAAAAAAAAAAAAUAGGAAUAUAAAUUCUUUGUUAAUUACUGGAAUUUCAAAUAGAAUGUACUUUUAUUAUCAUCCAUCAGAUUAUGAACUCUUACAUUAAAGCAUUCAGCAAAUGAAUAAUUGUAUAUUGAUAGGACUUACCUAUGAUAUGACGAAGACAGAAAAAUAUUCACAAACUCUGCUUAUUAGCAAAUCAUGAACAUGUUAUGUAAAUGUAAUAUAUACUAUUAUGUUAUUGUAGUAAAACUAGUGUAUGUAUAUCAUCAUUUCAUUUGUUACAUGUAUGUGUAGAGCUUCUGAUCACUUGCCAUCAUUUAUGAUGUACAAGUAGUCAAUAAUUUGAUAAAAUGGAGUUGGCGAGUAUAAUAUUGUAUCUGUAUCUGCGAGUAACUGUUAUCAUUUUACGUUUGUACACGUCAGAUUAAAAGAGAUGCCUUUUCAUUUUUUGCAUAAAGAGAAAA